CGGGUAUCCCUAAGUGUGGCAUUGUUGGCAUCUGAAGGGGCCACCAUUGAGGGAGAGCACUUACAAGGCAACAAACACUACAGCAGAUUGCAAUCAUGGCCCCUGGGAUGUCACUUUUCUCGGUUCAGGCCAUCCUGAUCCUCAGUACUGAAGAUGGCUCUCGGAUAUUCGCAAAGUACUUCCAGCCACCUCAUUCAGCACCUAAUGCUCCCACAAGCUCCUCAGCCAACCCCUACUCCGAUGUGAAGUCGCAAAAGGCUUUCGAGAAGGGUCUUAUCGACAAGACUGCCAAGCAGAAUGGCGAUAUCAUUCUUUACGAUAACCGAAUUGUGCUGUACAAGAUGGAGUCAGAUGUCAUGAUGUAUGUUGUUGGCAGUGUCGACGAGAACGAGAUUCUGCUAUACAACACCAUCCUCGCUCUGCGGGACUCCCUCCACAUCCUUUUCAAACAAUCCGUCGACAAGAGGACAAUUGUCGAGAACUACGACCUUGUUUCGCUAGCUAUUGAUGAGAUUGUCGACGAUGGCAUCAUUCUUGAAACUGAUCCUACUAUCAUCACCCAGCGUGUUAGUCGAGCACCCACUCAAGACAUGCCCGUCGGCCGCAUCGACCUUAGCGAACAGGGCGUCAACAACUUGGCGCAGCUAGGAAAGUCCAAACUGGCGGACUGGCUCCGUCAGGGUCUGUAGAGAUGGGGCGGGUUUUAUGUGUGGAGAGUCAGGAGUUUUGUCGUUAUUCAGCGCCGCAUGCAAAACCAAAAUCAAAAGAGGUAGACAACGCGCCAGUGGUCUGGCCUGGUCUGGUCUGGUCUGGUCUGGUCUGGUUUGGCUGAUACCGGGUCAAGAAACGGAGGGGGUUUUUUUUAUACAGGUGUGCUGGUGUUCUAAUUGAUAUGAUCAUUCAUGCUCUAGUCUCUGAAGCCGCUUUGCGGAGCCGGUUCAUGACCGCCGCUGCGAUAUCACUUCUAUCUUCUAUACCAUCAACAAAGAUGGUGUCUGCGCCUCGUCGAUCAAACUCCCGGAGCGCUGCGAAAAGACCUCUCGCAAUUCCUUCAGUGCCUCUGCCCAGAUCGAUAUCCAAGAUCUUUCCGAUUGGCUGCUCCUUUUCGUCCAACAGAUCGCCUUCGUAUACUUGGAAUGGCGAGUCAUCCUCAUCCGCUCCUUGUACGUCAGUGAGAUGGUGAAAGCUGGCGCAUCGCAGACCAGCCCCCGACUUCCAUCGCUGGGUGCGAAUAACCCCAACAACCCUACCCUUCCGCUCAUCGUUGCUAGCAUGGCCGUUGACCGCCCCAUUGGUCGCCUUCAAGUCGAAAGAAGCUAUUCCAUUGACCCCUUUUCCGAAACUCGACUCAUAAAGCACUACUGUUGCCUUUGGACUGUAGUGCUUGUACUUCAUCCCUGGAGCCCGAGGUGCAGCCUUUCCCUCUUCGCUCUUGUCUUUAUAAGCUAUUGAUACAUUCUCCCAGCCAGGGCAGCUUCGUAGCUCAUCUAUACCGAUACCUCCUGGACGAAGGACGACGGGGGGGUCACACAGCCCAUCCACAACAGUACUCUCCACACCCACUUGACAGUGUCCACCGUCCAAAAUGAGCUCGAUCUUUCCGUUGAGGUCGUCCAUUACAUGUUGUGCCGCUGUGGGUGAAGGUUUGGUGGAAGCGUUGGCGGAUGGUGCCGCCAGGGGUACACCAGCUAGCUUGAUAAGAGACAAGGCGAGGGUUGAAGAAGGCAUUCGCACGCCAAAGGUUUUGAGGCCUGCUGUCACCUCAGGUGCUAGUUUCGACGGGGCCGGGUUAGGUAGAAGAAUAGUCAGGGGUCCAGGCCAGAAACGCUCUAUCAAAGCCCUGUAUCGCUGAGGUAUAGGAUCAGUUGUAUCACUGUGGCCGAUAUACUCUCGCAGCAUUUCCAGGUCGCAAACAUGUGAAAUGAGAGGGUUGUCUGAAGGCCGUCCCUUUGCCG